ACUUUCAUAAUUGUGACGAUUAUUUAAUUGCAGAGCAAUUCUUUCCUGGAGUGGAACUAGAGGCAGAAAUAGCGUACUUUGUUGACGACUGUGUGGCUCUUACUUUUACUCAGCGUAGAGAAGCAAAGCAAGCUUUGGUUGACAUUUUAGAACAAAGGGGUGUCUGCAAACAAAAUGGCGUCUCUGUUUGUAAUAUCUCGGACGUCCAAAUUGAAUGCGGUCCUCAGUAUUCCUUUGGUGGUGUUCGUAAACGUGCCACGUCUGGCAAUAUUCUGAAGUUCAGAUUUAAGAUUAAAACACAACAGAAGCCUUCAAUUGAUUUAGACUGUACCAAGUAUUGUAAUGGCUCUGAAAACUGUGACGAAUGCGCCCAAGGAUACAUGGCAGAGACGGAGAAUAUGAUGAACAGCCAGCAGAAAGAAGUUCAGGAGAUAUUCAGCCCAACUGGUUCUCAAAUUAAUGAAACAGCGCCAAAUGUCACAGAAGCGCCUAUUCCACCACCAGUGCUGAAGAUUGGAACUUUGAUGCUGAAUCCGGUGCCAAACAGCUUCAAGAUGGACAAGAAUAUGUCGGUGUCCUGUGAAGAUGGCAUGGAAGUUCGCGGGACUACAUGUGUUCCCUGUCCUGCUGGUCGAUAUUUGCCGAUAGGGGGCACCAGCUGCCAGAAGUGUCCACCAGGGACGUUCCAAACUGAAGCCAAGCGCACGUACUGCCUGCCAUGUCCGCGUGGGUUUGCCUCCCUUACUGGAUCUCCAGACUGCAGUCCCAUAUUCAAAAUCUUCGUUGAAUUUAUCAAGCAGCUCCGUGAACUUGGGAAGACUAUAAGUGAAAACCAGGGCAACAUUUCGGCCAUUUUUACAUCCAAGUGAACGUGUGAAAUACUGCAGCUGUAAUAAGAUCUAUUUUAGAUGUAAAUGUCGCAAUGGGGCUGGUUAUAUAUGUGUAGUACUUUAAUUGCUCAAGUUUACCAGGUGUGUACACGUUGUAAAGGUCGCACGAUUUGUCCUCUUUGCUUACGGUGUAACCCCUCAAACUAGAACGCGUAUUCAAUUGAACCCUCGCUGUAACUGUUAAAGGUUUAAGCUCAAGCUACAGAUAAAUGCAUUCAUUUAUUGUCUUAUAUCGUGAAAAGUACGUGAUUCUUUAUAAGGAUCGUCUGAACGUCUAUGCUGCCUUGCAGAAACAUGUCUUAAAGAAGACACCCUGGCUUAUAAUGCGUUAUAAAACUGUUACUCUCAUUAUAAUAGGAUGACUUUGUGUUUGAUGUUUAAGUGCUGAUUUCCUUCUUUUGUUGUUGGUGAUUUUUGGCAAUCAUGAUUACAUCGUUAAGUAUCUGUACAUAAAUGAUACUAGAAAUGACGUACUGGUAAAUAACAGCAUUGUUUGAUUAUUUCUGUUAUUUCAUUUUCUAAUAUUUUAAGAUAGACUUUAGUCUAUGCUAAGAAUGUCUUGUAAUUUCAAAGCUGAUAAAUAAAUUCAUGAUAUUUAUA